AUGAGUAAUAAUAAUAAUAGAAACAAAGAAAAGAAAGAAAAGAAAGAGAAAGAUAUAUCAUCUACUUCUACUUCUACAACAACUUCAAAAAAUGAUCCAAAUGGAGAAAGAUUAGGAUUUGAUGAACCAAAAUCAGAUCUAGAUGCAUAUAGAUUAGAAAAUAAACAUGUUCAUAAUGUUUAUAAUGUUAUUUCAUCUCAUUUUGAUAGUACAAGAUAUAAAGCAUGGCCAUUGGUAGAAAAUUAUUUAAAUUCUAUUACAUGUGGAUCGAUUGGAGUUGAUGUUGGAUGUGGUAAUGGAAAAUAUUUAAAUGUAAACAAGGGUAAUAUAUAUACGAUUGGAUCUGAUAUAUGUCAAAGUUUUUCAACGAUUUGUAAUGAAAAGGGAUUAGAGGCAUUGAGUGCCGAUGGUCUCUAUCUACCCUAUCAAACCGAUACUUUUGAUUAUGCCAUUUCAAUUGCUGUCAUUCAUCAUUUCUCUACAUUUGAAAGAAGAGUGGAAGCACUAAAGGAAAUUGUAAGAGUUUUAAAACCUGGUGGCACUUUUUUAGUGACUGCAUGGGCAAUGUCUCAAAAAUGGAAAGGAAAAAAUUAUGAUUCAUCAGAUGUUAUGGUACCUUGGUUAUUUCAAAGUAAAUUUAAAGUAGAAGAAGAAAAGAAAUUGAAAGAAAAAGAGGAAGAGGAGGAAAUAUCAAAAUCUGGAACAACUUAUCAACAAUUUCAUAGAUAUUAUCAUUUAUUUUGUGAUGGUGAAUUUGAAUCUUUAUUUGAAAAGAUUCAAAAUGUUGAUAUAUUAUCAAAUAAUUUAGAUCAUGAUAAUUAUUAUUGUAUAAUAAAAAAGAAAUAA